UGACACAACACUUAAUGCAUUUAGCAGAAGAAGAAUUAAGUAGUGAAAAGAGAGCAGAAAAAUGGAAGUUAAAGGAGAAGAAAAGAGAAGAUGAAGAAAAAGAAGUUUACUACUCUCUUCUCAACUCUCCAUGUACUGCCUUUCACAAAACUAUUCAAGCCAUAUUGAAAUGUCUUGGUCUUGAGACAUCAUCAAUAUCACCAUCAUCAUCAUCAUCAUCAUCAAAAGAAGACCAUGGAACUGAAAUCGUUCAAGAGACAGGAUUUAUGGCGAUGGUAACAAGACUGGUAAGAAGGAGACCAAGGCCAGCUUACAGCUCAGGACGCCCUGGUCAAAUCGACUGAUUAUGAUUAAAGACUUGUGUCUUUGUGUUUGUAUGUCUUCAUGUUUAAACUCACUUAUUAUGGGGUCUUAAUGUCCUCAGGCCGUCUCCAUGGCAUCGCAGUCUCAGUAGAAAGUAUCUAAUCCAAGAAAAUAAUAAAAAUAAAGAAGUUUCGAGUUUAAGCAGGUUUUGAUUUCAUCAUCGUAUAUACAAGAAGAAAAAAGACUUAGAGACC